AUGAUCCGCAACCUUGUUCGGUGCCGUAAUGCACAUCGCGUGGUCAAUGUCCUGAGCUACCUCUUCCCAAAGGGCCAAGAGCCUGCCGAUGAGCCAGUAUGGUUCGACGCCGGCAACCCGAAUAAGAACCUCAGUCCUCGACAGAUGUUGCAAUGGAUCAAGAGAGUGAUCAUUGGUCUCGACAGCUUAGGCUUGAAGAAGGGCGAAGUAUGCCUGAUACACACUCCGAAUAACAUGCUCGUGCCCGCAGCAUACUUGGGCAUAGUCGGAGGCGGCCGGUCUUUCAGCGCGAUCAACCCGAUCUAUACCGUCGAUGAGAUUGUGCACCAGAUGAAGCUCACCGAAGCGAAAGUCGUAUUCGCGCACCCUUCGCUCGUAAGGAACGAUAUGGAAGCUGCGAAAAAGGCCGGGACGAACCCAAGGAUAUACCAAUUCACAGAUGACGAGGCGGAGCUGCAAGAAGUCGAUGGCGUGAAAGAUUGGCGGCAUUUGCUUGGGUCAGAAAAGGAGGCUCAGAACUUCCGAUGGAAAGAAAUGACACCAGAAGAGUCAGUAAACACAGUCGCGACCAUAAAUUUCAGUUCCGGCACCACAGGGCUGCCCAAGGGUGUCAUGAUUGGACAUCACGCACUCAUCUCCAACGUGGAGCAGACUGCGCGUGUGAUAUGGCCACACGUCGACUACAACAAUGGUGGAAAAGUGCAAGAGCGAUGGCUCGGCUUUCUGCCGCUCUACCAUGCAUAUGGGCAGAUGUACGCUGUCAUGAUGGCCUGCAAAUUCUCCGUCCCGAUCUACCUUAUGAGGCAAUUUGUCUACGAGGACUACCUUCGAGCAAUUCAGGACAACAAAGUCACGCAUCUGCAGGUAGCGCCUCCGGUGUUGGUCAUGAUGGCGAAGCGACCGGAAACAUCCAAGUAUAAUCUCAAAUCCGUGCAAAGUGUGCUUUGCGGAGGCGCACCACUAGGAAAGGAUCUACAGAACGAGAUUGCGAGCAAGCUAAAUUGCACAGUCAAGCAAGGCUGGGGAAUGACAGAAGUGACAUGCGGCUCCAUAAUACAGCACGAGCCUAGCGACAGUGGCACCGUGGGAAAGCUGCUUCCAAACCACAAAAUGAGACUCGUGGAUGACAACGAGAAAGAUGUCGACUUCGGCUCGCCCGGCGAGAUUCUCAUGCAAGCCCCGAACGUCAUGCUAGGAUAUUGGCGCAACGAAAAGGCUACGCAAGAAACCAUAGGCGACGGCUGGCUGCGAACAGGUGAUGUAGCUGUGAUCAACAAAGAAGGCCUCAUCUGGAUCGUGGAUCGGAAGAAAGAGCUGAUCAAGGUCAAUGCUCUUCAAGUAGCACCAGCAGAGCUGGAAGGCUUGUUGCUCGACUGCGAGCACGUGGCUGACACGGCUGUCGUGGGCAUCACAAUCCAUGACGAGGAGUGGCCACGGGCGUAUGUCGUCCUGACCGAGGAGGCGAAGAAGGCAAAGGUCACACCGAAGGAUAUACAGAGCUGGUUCAAGCCACGAGUAGCGAAGCACAAGGCGCUCGUGGGUGGUGUGCAGUUUGUCGACGAGAUCCCUAAGUUAUUGUCUGGUAAGAUCCAACGGAAGGUCAUGAAGGAAUGGUCGAAACGAGAUGCCCCAGAAGUCGCCAAGACCUUUGACCGGGCGCGGUUGUAAUCGGAUAUGCAGCACGGUGCGAUGCAUUGUAUGAUCAGCAGAACCCUUCAAGCGGGUCAGGUAAAGUCGCCGAGCUCGUGAGUGGAAUUCA